GGCGCCGCACCUGGGCCCGGCCCGGCAGCCGAUUGGACGGCUCGGGGCGACCCCACUGUAUCGCGAGACGAGAUUGGCAGCGGCGGGGCUGCCUGUGCCCCGCUCUGGCUUUGUACGCGGAGCCGCCUGCCGGUCUUUUAACAAUGGGCGGCGCGAGCGCCCAGGCGCUGGGCCCGAGCUGAGGCCGGCGCUUCGCGGCCGACUGUCCGCAGCAUGAGCGGGGCCGGCACCCCUCGCACGCCGGUGGGGCUGGGGCUGUGAGGGCCUUGGUUCCGGACAGAAGUUGCCGCGUCUGGCUAGGCGCGCCGCCGGGGCCCAUGGAGCUGGAGGGGCAGUGGUGGCGAGGACAGCUGGCUGCUGAUAUUCACCAAGCGCUUCGGUAUAAGGAGCUGAAGUUGCCCUCUUACAAAGGCCAGUCCCCUCAACUAAGUCUCAGACGGUAUUUUGCUGACUUGAUUGCCAUUGUGAGCAAUCGUUUCACGCUUUGCCCUUCAGCCCGACAUCUUGCUGUCUAUUUGCUGGACCUGUUUAUGGAUCGCUAUGACAUCUCCAUCCAGCAGCUGCAUUUAGUUGCGCUUUCCUGUCUACUUCUAGCAAGUAAAUUUGAAGAAAAAGAAGAUAGUGUGCCUAAGCUGGAGCAGCUCAACAGCCUGGGUUGUAUGACUAAUAUGAAUCUAGUAUUAACAAAACAAAAUUUGCUACAUAUGGAACUAUUAUUAUUAGAAACGUUUCAGUGGAACCUCUGCCUUCCAACAGCUGCCCAUUUCAUUGAGUAUUAUCUCUCUGAAGCAGUACAUGAAACAGAUCUUCAUGAUGGCUGGCCAAUGAUUUGCUUGGAAAAAACUAAACUCUAUAUGGCCAAAUAUGCAGAUUACUUCUUGGAAGUAUCUUUGCAAGAUUAUGCCUUUCUAAAUUAUGCACCUUCUUUAGUAGCUGCUGCAUGUGUGGCUUCUUCGAGGAUUAUACUUCGUCUUUCUCCAACAUGGCCUACGAGACUGCAUCGUCUUACUGCUUACUCCUGGGAUUUCUUAGUGCAGUGUAUUGAACGGCUAUUGAUUGCUCACGAUAAUGAUGUGAAAGAAGCAAACAAACAGAGAGGACAAACAGGACCUCAGUCAGCACAGCUAAGUGUGUUCCAGACAGCUUCCCAGCCCUCACGGCCAGUUCACUUUCAGCAACCUCAGUAUCUCCAUCAGACACAUCAGACCUCGCUGCAGUAUCGCCAUCCUACAUCGGAACAACCAGGCUGCCAGCAGAUUGUAUCUACCACACACACCUCAUCUUACACACUACAGACAUGUCCUGCUGGCUUCCAAACUAGUGUUCAGGGCCUUGGGCAAGUGCAGACUGGUGUUGGGAUGUCACUGGCAAUACCAGUAGAAGUUAAACCCUGUCUAAGUGUUUCAUAUAACCGGAGUUAUCAGAUAAAUGAACAUUACCCUUGUAUCACUCCAUGCUUUGAAAGGUGAUCGUGUGUGAAGGUGAUGACUGGCCCAGACUGCUUUGUGACUGGAAGUUCUGGGUGGGCUUUUGUAAACUUCUCGGAAAAAAGAAAGGGAUCCAAAUGACAUCAGAACUCGUCAGGUACCAGCACCAGGAAGACUGAAUAUCUCUUUCAGUGUAACGUGAAUACCUGGGAGGACUAAAACACUUUAAUAGUUUGUGUGUCAAAUUCUGUUGCAACAAAUCUCUGCAUGACAAAAAUGUUCAAGUCCUGGCUGAUGGUCCAAAUAUUUCAAAAAUAUUUAAUAUAACAGAAAAAUUUGGACAGACUCCAGUUUGCCAUUUUGAGAUUUGACCUGUGGUAGGUUCUGGACCUAAUGUUGGCUUAUAAGUCAAAGACUAAUAUUUAUCUGUGGACUUGCCAAACAGUCUUUUAUGAAGGAAAGUUACAGUAUUAGUUUUUGAUGAGGUUUUUUUAAUUCUCCAGUUUUGAGUUUUAUUUUUAUUCUACAGAUGAAUUUUUGACUAAACUCAUGAGUUGCUAGGCUAUACCUAAGUCUGUGCAGUAAAAGGCAAUUUUUUUUAGAUGUUUCUAUAUAACUUCCUAUCCUGAAUAGGUAUCUGGAUUUUUGUACUAAAAUUAAGGGUGGAGUAGGUCUGUUAUUUUAAAAUCAUGGUCAUAAUUUUUUUUUCUCCUUAAGUGAUCAACCUUAAAUCUUUAGAAUUACAACACAUUUAACUCAGGGAAUUUUUACUACUUGGAAACACUUAACUGUAAUGCAACAUGCUUUGGGAAUGUUAUAGUAUGAACUACCUUUAUAACAUAGGUUAAAAUACUCUUGCUAGGAUGUGUUUUCAAGUGAGAUCAUAAUAGUGUAGCUCAGAAUGAACAAAGUGGAAGUUCCUGUGUCUCAUAAUACACAUAUAGGUUUUGCAUUUCUCAGUGCAAUCUGUGAUAUACUCAGACUUGGUAUUACUCUUUUAAAAAGGCAUAACUGUAAAAUGUCAGUUCUAGGAUAAAGUCCCAUACGUUUACCAUGGAGGGGACUGUGGCCAGGGUAGUUCUCAGGUUGUGCUAGAGCAGCACUUUGUUAGGUGGAAGACAGGUUUCUGCAAGCAGCCUUUGAAUCCAGCUUGUCAGUCUAAGCAGGCAAAGGUGCCGAUUAUGAAAUAUCAGUUGCCACUUUCAUUAGAUUGGUCCUACAGCUGCCUGGGACAUUUCAUUAUAUGCGUAAUAAGUGAAAACAGCAAUAAAAGUCAUUAUAGCAAGGGCAGUUUGGGGAGUAAAACGAUUUCAGAGAAUAACCAUAGAAAGUAAAAAAAAAUCAUUGUAAUAGCUGAAACUAUUGUGCUCUUAUCUGUGGGAGAGAGAUUUGGUGGAGGGAAGCUUUCUGGUUUAAAAAUUAGUACGAUGUGUCUUUCGUUUGUGUUUUUUUAAAGAUAGCACUUGAAUAGAAGGGAAUUUGCAUGACAGGCACAUGAAUGCCACAAUGCAUUGAAGACAAACUUAUUAUAAAAGUGUGGGUAUGCAGCAGGAGUCUCAGUAAUCAAGCCAAUGGCCUUUGUUAGGAAGGGAAGGGGCUCAAUAUAGUCAUGGACUAAUCCAGAUGGCUUCAGGAGAUGAAUGUGGGUGGGUGGCUUCUGCCAACCUGAAUUCUUAGAGAAAUGACCUGUCCUUAAAGGAUUUAACUUUUACAGGUAGAGUACACAGGGCAUAAUAUGGAUUUACUAAUAUAAAAAACCACUCAGGUGAGAACACUCACUCAUGGCAGUUUUCAAACAUGAAAAUUAUUUUCUAAAAGUAUCACUUUUCCUCUUUAGAGAAGGCUGCUGAUUGGAUUUUGGUAGUUCUUACCUUAAUAAAACUUGAAUUAUUUGGAGGAAAGUGGGUUCAAAAUAGAAUAUAUCUUUCACGUUCACAUUCAGAACCUAGCAAUCUGGAGUCCAAUUUUCAGUAUUUUAACUACCUCAAUAAUACUAUGAAUGUAAGAUAUUGGGAUAGAGAUCCUAACUUGAAAACAACAGCCAGUGCCUGUGGUAAUUUAAUGUGUUAUCAAAUGCUUUUAUUGAUUGGUUUAUAUGCCAUUCUUGUUAUAGAAGAAUAUACCUUUUUAAAAAGCUUAUUAGUAAUACUUUCCCAAGUAUGUUUAAAAAAGCUAAAGAACACUGGAUUAAUCUUUUGGGGGUGGUAGGAUAAAACAAUUGAUUACUAUUGCUGCAUACCCAGGGUGGGAUGGGGUGCUGGAGAACCAGAACUAUUUUUAAAGCAUUAUGUUUCCAUAUAAAUACAACUCAACUGCUAGCUAGCUUGGGGGUGGGGGGGUGGGGGGAAUUUUGUGUGGGUUUGUUUUGUUUAAUUUAUUGAUUAGUCUUUAAAGUAGGCUUUUUUUUUUUUUGAGAUUACUGGACCAUCAUUAACUAUGUACUGUGAAGAGAUUAAUGUUAUGUAUAAAGGGCUUUACCAAAGUCCACUAAAUAAACACUACUCAAGUAUAGACUGCAAACCAAAUGUAUCUGUGUUGUGACAUUAAAUACAAAUAUGGUGCUAAAGUCUACACCAAUGGAAUUAGAUGAGUGCUAUGCACUUAAUUUUAAAAUAAAACUAGUUUUCAGUAAAA